UCUCCCACACAAAUUUCCUCCGCAAGAAACCAAACCAAUCCAUCCGCCCGCCUCCAACCGCGCUUAAUUGCGCGCCUUUUUUUCUCUCUCUCCUUCUCCUUCGAGUUAGUUCAACUUAAACCCUUCGUUUACAAAAAGCUAGCUCAUCUACCUUGUCCACUCCUCUGCACCGGGCGCCGCGCCGCGGCAAUGCACAUUGCCACUACUGCCUGUGUGUGGCAGCAGGAGAAGGCGGCAGCCAUGGGCGCCGGCGCCGGCGACGUUGCCGCCAGCUGGAGGGUGGCGGCGGUGGCGCUCCUCGGCGCGGUGAACUGCGUGGUGAGCUUCGUGGUGUUCUCGUUCUUGGAUUUGCUGGAUAUGGUGCUGUGCGUGGUGUACAAGGUGGUGGACUACGCGGUGGAGGCGGAGUGGAAGGCGUGCUACUGCUCGGCGGCGGCGCGGGACGGCGCCGCCGCCGCCAUCUUCGUGCCGCCGGCGUCGGCGUCGGCCGCGCCGGGGCCGAAGGUGGUGCGGCUGUCGCCGUCGUCGGCGAAGAUGCAGCUGGAGGACGUCUCCGACACGCUGUACGUGCGCCCCUCGCUGCUGUCGGACGCCACCAAGAAGUCCGGCCCCGCCGCGCCGUCGCUCACGGUGAGCCCCGCCAUCGCCGAGCUCAUCCGCGGCAAGAUCGGCCGCGCCGCCCCGCGCCCGCCGCGCCACGCCGCCCCCUGCUGGUCCGACUGCGACUGCAAGGUCUGCCACUCAUGGAGCGCCUCCUCCCGCUCCUCCCACCUCUACGUCCACGUCCAAUCCCCGACCACCGCAAGUGGAGUGGAGACGGAGGACGUGGUGUUCGUCCACGGGUUCAUAUCGUCGUCGGUGUUCUGGACGGAGACGGUGUUCCCGGCGUUCAGCGAGGCGGCGAAGGGGAGGUACCGGAUGUUCGCCGUCGACCUGCUGGGGUUCGGCCGGAGCCCGAAGCCGGCGGACUCGCUCUACACGCUCCGGGAGCACGUCGAGAUGAUCGAGCGCUCCGUGCUCCAGCGCUACCGCCUCCGCAAGUUCCACGUCGUCGCCCACUCGCUCGGCUCCGUCCUCGCCCUCGCCCUCGCCGUCAAAUACCCCGACGCCGUCCAGUCCCUCACCCUCCUCGCUCCGCCGUACUUCCCGGUGCCGGAGGAGGAGGCGGGGGCGGCGACGCAGUACGUGAUGCGGCGGGUGGCGCCGCGGCGGGUGUGGCCGCCGAUCGCGUUCGGGGCGUCGAUGGCGUGCUGGUACGAGCACGUCAGCCGGACCAUCUGCCUCACCAUUUGCAGGCACCACCGCACCUGGGAUCGCCUCUUCAGGCUCUUCACCCGCAACAGGAUGAGGACGUUCUUGAUCGAGGCGUUCAUGUGCCACACGCACAACGCGGCGUGGCACACGCUGCACAACAUCAUCUGCGGCAGCGCCGGCAAGAUGGACAGCUACCUCGACGUCGUCGCCGGCCAGCUCGCCUGCGAGGUCGCCGUCUUCCACGGCCGCGACGACGAGCUCCUCCCCGUCGAGUGCACCCUCGCCGUCGGCGCCAGGGUGCCCCGGGCGCGCGUCACCGUCUACGACCACAAGGACCACAUCACCAUCAUCGUCGGCCAGGAGAAGCUCUUCGCCACCGAGCUCGAAGACAUCUGGCGCCGGAGCGCCGCCGCCGCCGCCGCCGGCGACGGCGAGUAGCACCGAGCUGCAUGUCACACGCUACUACUCCAGCACUAUACGCGACAUGUACGUAUUAUACUGAUCAGCAGUGCACAGCAGAGACAAGAGAAGCAAGUUAGUUAAUUAAUGGCCGGUAAAUUAAACAAGAACUCGCAAUAACGAUCGACUGCCCUGCAUGAAGAAGAAGAAUUAAGAAGAUGCUGCCCUAUUUUAGGAUGAGCAAUAUAUUCUACCAUAUAAAUUAAAUAUAUAUAUUUUCUUUCUUUCUUUUCUUUUCUUGAAGGGAAACAAUAUCCAUAUAUUUGCAGGAGUAAUUAAAUACAUACAAUAUAUAUAGUCGUUUCCCUUCAUUCCUUCUUCUUCUUCUUCUCUUGUAGUGGAGUAUAAAGUGUACUUUGAUUAUACAGCUCUUUCUUCUCUGUAUUUAUUGCAUGAUUGGGACCAACUUGGACGGUACUCCAGGUAGCUCCACUAUAUACUGUCAGAACUGUAAUAUAAUAUGGACGUCGAGGCAGAAUUAAUUAAGCUGCAGAAGUUGGUUUCUGA